AUAGACGUGGUCGUUGUUUACAUGGUGGGCUGCGCGUGAGGGUCUGCUGUCCCUGGCCUAGGAACAACAACACCGCCAGCCUGGCCAGCCUGACAGGCCCGAGGACCCGGCCACGGAGGCGCAGGGGGCGGGGGGCGGAGCGGAGGACCAGCCUGCAGCAGCACAGCAGCGGGCACACGCCAGGCGCCGCGGCGGGCCCCGGGCUGGCCAUGGCCUCAGAGGGCGCGGGGGAGCCCCAGGGCGGCUCGCCCAUCGGGAACCUGCUGUGCGGCUCCUGGGAGCUGGCGCAGAAAAUCCUUGAAAACCUGAGCUUCUACGAGGUGGCCAAGCUGAGGCUGGUGUGUCGCACCUGGGCCGAUGUCGGGGAGAUGAUCUUGGCCAAGCGGCGGCCCCUGCACUACCUCACCACCCACCCCCACUGCAUCCCCACCACGCUCGGAAAGGUUGCCCUGGCGGAAACAUCAGCUGUCUCCCUAUUCGAUGGGUUCUUUUCACACAUAGUGAGCAAGCCGAGGUACUGCCUGGCCUUUUGCAAUGCCAAUUGGCUCAGCAGGACAGAUGUCUUUGAAACCACUGACAAAUCAGGAAAGAAGGUUCCCCUCACCCUUGCUGAGUACCUUCACAAGGCUCUGCCACCGUCAUGUGAGCUGGGAGUGAUAUUGGCCACAGGCAUCAUCGGCACUGUGGAGACGGCCUAUCAGGGGAACUGGCUGGAGCGUGCACAGACCUUGAACCAAGAGAUAUUCGACUUCCUUGAAGGCGCUGAGGAUGAGGAUGCAACCCAGGGUCAGCCCUCCAAGCGCAUUCGGAGGGAGAAUGAAAACAGGAACAAGGAAGAGGCCGAGAAAAAGACCAAAAAGAUGUUAAAGCCCUGGAAAUCCAAUGUGGGGUACAGCAUCGAGGUGGAGCAGUACAGCCCGUUCAUGUUGGAGGCUGACGCUGUCUCCAUCCUCACCAUUCCCUACCACCCGGGCGUCAGGGUCAACUUCUUCAACAUCUCGUCGCAGAAGUUUUACUCAGAUUUUCGUGGAGGCAGAGCAUCGGCCAAGAAGAACCUUGUGAUAUCUGAGAAGGAGUUCAAUGAGAUGUUAUCCCUGUCUGCCAAUGAACACAUGACUGCCCUCCUCCUCUUUGAGACCUGCUAUGACAACGACUUCACUAAUGGAUUUGUCAAGGCAGCUCUGAACAGGGAGGAUUACAAGGUGGCUCUGGGCGGUGGUGUGGCUGACGCAUUCCAGACUGGACGCUCCGGGAAGUUUGCCCCUGUCACGGACCAGAUCUUUGGGGUGGCGGUGAGCGGCCCCAACAUUAUGGCAGCCUCUGUAGUGAUCCCUGAGAAUGUUGACAAUCCAAGGCACCUCGGACGCUACAUGAAGAUGCUAAAGUCUUGUGAAUUCCCGGAGAGGCAAAGCGUGGCCUUCAUGUUUACUUGCUGUGGCCGAGGUCACAGCUCCUGGCAGCCCAUCCCAAACUUCAACUAUGAGAAUGUGGAGUCCAAGGCAUUCAGGAAAGUCUUCCCGAACACUCCAAUCUUUGGGUUCUUUGGCCGUGGGGAGCUCGGCAUCACAUACCUCCCCAGGUUUCCGGAGGGUGAAGAGACGGCACCAGUCAAGAGGAAAAAAAAGCCCUUCCAUCAGUUCUCCACCAUCAUCGUACUUCUCUCAUUCCUAUGAUUCUUCCAUUAUUAUGCAUGUGCUUGUUAUGGUACAAAUGCCUCUUUGUUAAUAUUAGCAACAUUUUUGGAGACUUUUUUAUUGUGUUAAAAAGAUAUUUUGGGGACCAUUCAAGUGACAAAAGGUGCAGGAUGUCCUUGUGUCUCUUUAUUGAGAAGUCUUGCAGAAUUGCCUUGUACUGUGGGAGGCACUGUUUCCUUAUAGAAGAAAUGUAGGGGCAAGGUAAAAAUUGAUAUGACUAUAAAACAAAUUGUACAUAAAAGUUAAUUCAUUAUCAUUUCAUAUGUCUUGACAAUAUACGAUUUUGGCUUCUCUGUCCAGUCCAAUCCAGUCGUAGGCGUGGCAUAAGCCUUUGUAAUGGCUCCCACUGUGAAGUCCUUGUGGGUAAAUGUUUAUUCUUCCUUUCCUGUUCUUUUGCUUUUUCUCUUUGCCUUUUCCUGGAUUUCACUUGUAUGUUCUUGUUUCUUUUUCUGGUAUUCCACAGUCUUUUCACAUUUUUUUUUCUGGUUUCUAAUUCUUCAAUUGUCACUCUGUCAAAUGCUAAUAUAUUACCAAGCUCUCUAUUCCUGCUUUCUAUUUCUUGUAUGGAGUUAAAUUCAACUUUGUCAUUAUAUUUAUGACAGUCUAAUAGAAUGUGUUCUAGUGUUUCAGUUUCAUAACCACAGCUUCCUUCUCUGUUAUCAAACCAACUCUCUUCAUUCUUUUUAAAUUUCUCAUAUAUACUUUGGGUUGACUUUUGCUGUGCUUCUUCUGCCCACUUCGAAGCGUCCAAUCCAUGGAUUUUAUCUAUUACAUUAUUCUUUGUAAUGGUUUUCAUGUCUUGUCAUGUUUAGCUCUGUCAUAUAUUUCCUUAAAAUUUUCAUCCAUUUUCAUGUGCAAAAUAUAGAAUCGGUAUGGUAAAUUUAUCAUUUAUAAAGCCAAAAUUAUGAUUCUGAAGUCUAUGAUUUCAUAUGUUAUGAAUGAAAAUAGAAGUGUUGAGCCAUUA